GAUUUCAUGGUGCUUCUACUCAUAGUAUUGAGUCCUCGAAGAAUUCUUCUCCUCUUGUCCGAGAAGCUUAUGGUGUAGAUACAAGACAAGACAAGAUCCCAUAUCAAUUACCCCACCUCGGGAUCGACAUGUAUCUACACAAAGCGAAGCGACAAGACAAGUCACAAACCACACGAAGGGGGGAAAGAAACACACAUACAGAAACAGAUCUUUCGCAUCUUCCAUACUCUCUCAACUUUAACCAAAAAAAAAUGCCCUCCUCAUUCCUAAACAAAACCAUCAUCAUCACCGGCGCCGGAAGCGGCAUCGGUCGAGCCACCGCCAUCAAACUCGCUUCUCUGGGCGCCUCUCUCCAUCUCUCCGACAUCAACCCCGACUCGGUCUCCAAAACCCGAGAACUCUGUCCGCACCUGGAAUCACCGUCUGUCCAGAAAUUCUACGCCCGCUCUCUCGACGUCAGUGACUCCCAAGCAUGUAAUACGUAUAUCCACGAUCUGGUCCGCGGCGAACACAGCACGAUCGAUCACGUGUUUAACUGCGCGGGGAUUAACCCUACUGCGAUCCCGAUUCAGGAUGUCUCGGAUGAGUAUUGGGAUCGUCUGAUGAAUGUGAAUCUGAAAGGGACGUUUAAUAUCACGCGCGCGGUGGCGCCGCAUCUCGCCUCCGGCUCGUCGUUUGUGAAUGUCUCGUCGGUGUGUGGCGUGGUUCCCGUGUUGCAGUUUUCGGUCUACUGCGCGACGAAGUAUGCGGUGGUGGGCUUCUCGAAAUGCAUGGCGUUGGAGUUGGGUCCGAGGGGGAUCAGAACGAAUGUGGUGGCGCCUGGGUAUAUUGAUACGCCGACUAAUGUGUCGGUGCUGGCGGGUGAGGAGGAGGUGAGGAAGAUGGAGGGCAUGGUGGCGAGUGCGAGGUUUGGAUUACCGGAGGAGGUGGCGGAUGUGGUGGUCUUUUUGAUGAGUGAGGAGGCGAGGUAUGUUAAUGGGAGUGUGGUGGAGGUUAAUGGGGGGAUGGCUCAUUGAGGGGACUGUGGGAGUGUGAAGAGAGGUGUGUGGGCUUUGCUUGGGAUAGUGAAUGGGAUUGCAUUGCAUUGCAUUGUAACGCGUGAUCACUAGUUCCUAGUGAGCCUUAGAGAAGAUCUCGAACAUAGGUAUUAUCUCGAGAAGAUACUGCUAGGAAUGAUUACCAGAGGUGAGACCAUACCCAUACCUUGGUUGAAGACUCACCAAGGGUACUGUUGUGGGGAAAUCGAAAGCUUGCAAGAAAUAACACAGUGUGGGAUGUUGAAGCAAUCUCCAUCGUUAAAAGGUUGUCGAUUCGUAAGUUCGAAUAGGGGUUCAGGUUGUCCGGAUACUCUCGGUGUAUGUAGUAUUGGAUAACCGUCUGAAGAUUUGGGAUACUAUAAUAUGGAAUCUCACUAUUUUUGAAAUCGAGACAUAGAUAAGCAGCUCCCAGAAUCGGAUGAGACUGCAUGAUGUUUAUUAUGCCCUCAUAUUUCAAAAGACUUGCGCUAGAAAAUGUAUGGUCAGAUACCGCUAGUAACAUAACAUAUUUUAAUUACUUAGAACGAAGAUUGCUGGGAGUAUCAGAUGAUAGAUUUACUGUUGGAGCCCUAGAUCUUGGAGGAGUUUGGCUAAUCCAGGCAAGAUUUUUGGAUACAAAGGGGUCCAUUAGCAAAGCAGAUCUGGGAUAUGAAAAUAUACAAUCUGGUCUAUAGACAAGACA